CUAUUCUAUGCAUAGCUUGCCUAACAUCGUGUUCUUGUAAAUGUGAUAAAGGCGUGAGAACUUUGUUGCAGAUUGUUAAGUUAUUUUGUUAUUACAAUGCCUGCUGAUACUGAUAAAAAGGAGCUUCAAGAAAGAAUGGAGAGCUUUAUGGCCGAUCUCAGAAAAAAUGUUGAAGGACUAGGAUCGUAUACAGUUGCAUCUAGAACAGUUGAUUUAUUAAGGAGAAUCAUAUCGAAGUCCAAAUGGGCCAGUGCAAAAGAACUGAUGGAGAUUAUCAGGGCAGAAGGCAAAAAGCUUAUGGCAGCUGAUCCAUCAGAGAGCGUUGUUGGCAACAUGGUGCGGAGAGUUUUGAAAAUCAUUAGAGAAGAGUAUGCCAGUGGAGCCAAAGGAGUAGACAGUACUGAUGAAACAGAUGCCCAGGAGUCUCUGCAUAACUUGCUUCUGGCAGAGGGUGGUGUUGAGGACUUCUCAAAAUCCAUUCCAACACUUAAGGCCUCAAUUAAUGAAAGUAUCGGUGAGCUUCUCACAGAGCUGGAGGGAAGUGCAGAGAAUGUGGCUACACAAGCUUUGGAACAUAUCUAUGGUGGCGAUACCAUUAUGACCAUUGGGAAAUCUAGAACAGUGCUUGCUUUUCUAAAGAAUGCUGCCAGGAAGCGGAGUUUUAAUGUUAUUGUUGCUGAAGGCUUUCCAUUUUUAGGGGGACAUGACAUGGCUUUAAAACUGAGUGAAGCAAAUAUACCAACAAAAGUCAUUCCAGAUGCAGAUGUCUUUGCCUUUAUGCCUCAUGUCAAUAAGGUCAUCAUUGGCACACAUACUGUGAUGGCUGAUGGCGGGUUGAAAAGUAUUACAGGAACAAGGAAUAUUGCCAAGGCAGCUAAACACUUCUCUAAGCAAGUUUUAGUGUGUGCUGCCAUGUACAAAUUGUCCCCUCAAUAUUUUCACUCUCUAGAUCAGGAGGGCUUUAAUAAGUUUGCCAAUCCUCAAAUGUUGCUGCCAUUUGAAGAAAUGGAAGGUCGUGAGAGUGUUGAAAUUAUAAAUCCUGUAUUUAACUAUGUACCUCCAGACUGUGUCACUCUCUACAUCACAAACAUGGGCAGCAAUGCACCUUCAUAUGUUUAUCGACUUCUCAGUGAGCUUUAUCAUCCAGAUGAUAGAGAACUCUAAUUAUAGAAAAUAAGCAUGAGAUCUGUAGCAUUCAUUCAGGGAGGAAACCAUGUAUUUUACUGUUUUAAUUAGAGAUGCACAAAAUAGAUUUUCAAAGUACUUUCCUUCUGUUUAGUAAAAACCAAUAUCAGUAAAAAAUUUGCUGAAUAUUAAGUAAAGAGUUGUAAAAACCACUAUUAAGUAUAGAGAAAAUAUUUUCAAAGAAUUAGGACAAAACUACUGUUUGUAGAUUCUUGUCUUAAAGGGAUUUUCUUUGAGGGACUUUGGAGGUGUGUGGUUGGGGGGAAUUGGUGUUUUAUGCCAAGUCAGCAGCUAUCUAUAUCAAAGCAAAGCAGGCAGCCCUGUAAAUAGAUGCCUCAUGCAGAUAAAGAACAGCAUGACAGAGACCAGCUGAACCUAGGACAGCUAACGUUCACUGUAUUGGUGACAGGUACUAACAGUUGUGCCACUGGAUUGCCCGUGACUUUAGAGCUCAUCACAAUGAUGACAACAUAUAAGCUCUAUGAAUUAUACCUUGAAACUAUCUAAAGCAUGUCAUUAUCAAGACUGAUUUUUAGUGUUUACAGCUAUUUAUCAAUAUAGUAGUCUAUAGUGUGAGUACCACUUAACUCACAUUAGGCUUUGGAUAAUCAACUUUUGCUGUCUACUAAUUGGGAAAAAAUGUUUUUGGUUAUCAUCCUCUUGCCUGUAAUUGGUUUCCCUUAUAUUCGUACAUAAUAGAUUAGAUAAUCUAAAGAUUUAUCAUUAAUGAUCAACAGUCACAUGUAAACCUUUUUGUCAAAACACAGGGAGCAUACUGUAGCUACCUUUAAACCAAUGAGAGGUAUUGUGAUCAUUGUCAGGUUUUAUGAAGUAACUUAUCUUCUCUCUUCCCUGUUUCUCACUGCAAGUAGCUGUACUAUACAACUUAUGUAACAAUAUAAAAUAAAUAUACAUAUGCAAGAUAAUUUGCUUUUUUUAUUAAUUUCAUAUGAAUCAAACUGUUUUCUCCUUUUAGCAAAUACAUUAUAAAUUCCCCAGGUUCUUCAAAAACAGGGGAAAAGGUCAGAAAUGCUUCCAUUAUAAGAAAACCCCCAUUCUUUGUCAUCAGCAAAAUUAAUCUAGCAGAAAUGGUCUAUAACAACCACUUUUCUUUUUGUUUUGUGUAUAUUAAAUGAAAAAGUAAUGUAGUUACUUUGGCUUAAAAGCUGUUCUUUUGUCUUUAAAGACUUACAACUUUUCUCUUUUUUCAAGUCAUGAUGAAAGUGCUGCAUAUUUGCAUUGAGGAGCAAACAUUUUUUGUUUAAAUCGGCUUGCUGGAGCGGUUUCAUGCCAUUACUAACCUUAGCCUUGGUACUUCAUGUGAUGUCAAAAUGGGCUGCAAGUGCUUUCUUCUUAAAUAUGACUGUUAAAUGAUA